AGCCUGCGCGGGGGCCGGCGAGAUGCCGCGGGGAGCUUUCCCGGCUGCGGGUGGCUCCUGGGAGCUCCUCGCCGGUCGCGCGCUCGGCCAUGGAGACUUUGCGCAAAUCGCUGAUCAUGGGUGCCCUUCUGGGCGCCGGGGCUGGCGUGGGCUCCGCGCUCUUCGUCCUCGUGACCCCGGGAGAGCAGCGGAGGCAGGAGAUGCUGAAGGAGAUGCCCGGGCAAGACCCGCGGCGCAGGGAGGAGGCGGCCAGGACCAAAGAGUUAGUGCUGGCCACUCUGCAGGAGGCAGCGGCCACGCAAGAGAACGUGGCCUGGAGGAAGAACUGGAUGGUCGGCGGCGGCGGCAAGUCAGCGUGAGCUUAGCCUUCCGACAUGGGCGCGGGGACCUUGCUCCCGCGCAAGCGUCCGAGGCGGCUUUUCUCCUCCGUGCACCCAGCGGGGAGUCCCGAUCGAGAAUGCCGCCCCUGGGCCUCCCGGAGGCCCUGGGAGCUGCUGCCGGGUGAGCACAUCCCUCCUCAAAAGCUGCACUGAACUGCGCUUUAACGUCCUACGUCGCGGGCAGGGGCGUCGGAUAUGGCGACUCAAGGAACCAAUAAAUCAUGUUCCUUCCUCUGUCCCAUCAGUGAGCCCUGCCGUCCGGCGCCUAUAAAUAUCUAGAGUGUUCUGGGGGUCCGUGCUGGGGACGCGGAUGACUGUGGCUCCCACCUGCCCCGGAGCGACCACAUUUUCAAAAUACAAGUCAAGUCUUGUGGUCUGUUCAAGCGUACUUUCGAUGAGAACCAAGUGACAUUCUUGAAAUCAGAACUGUCAUGGAAAAUCCUGUAGCAAUAGGUGCCCAUGGAGGACACUCUGGGUCUCCUGUCCUGUGAGGUUGGAGAGGGACUCCUAGCAUUCCGCGUGUGCUUUGAUGCUUUCUGGGGCCAUUGAACCUUUCGAGGCUAGCCAGUUUGCUAGGAGUGAAAGGAGCAUGCGUUCAGUCAGACUGAUCUUCAUUAAAGUCCUGCGUGUUACAAAA